GGCCCCGCCCGGCUCCGGCUCCGGCUCCGGCUCCGCUCGGUGCGCGGUUCCCUCCCGGGGGUCCCGGCCCAUGGCGGGGCGCUGAGCCCCCCGACCCCCACCAUGCUCUGGGGGGGCUUCCUCCUGCUCUGCCUGCUCCGCGGGGCGCUGGCCGCAGCACCGAGAGCUCCGGCCGCCACCGAGGGGACCCGCAUCAGCCACGACCUGGCGGGCGACAGCCUGGCCAUCGACACCCUGCCGGCCAGCGGGACCCGCGUCGUGGAGGACAACCACAGCUACUACAUCUCGCGGAGCUACGGCCCGGGGGACGCGCGCCGCGCCGCGCUCUGGGUGGACAUGGCGGCAGCCAGCGGGGGCCGUGUCAAGGUCCACGGGAUCCUCUCCAACACGCACCGGCAGGCCUCGAGGGUCACGCUGUCCUUUGACUUCCCCUUCUACGGCCACCUCCUGCGGCAGGUCACCAUUGCCACCGGCGGUUUCAUCUUCACGGGGGACGUCAUGCACCGCAUGCUGACGGCCACGCAGUACAUCGCCCCGCUCAUGGCCAACUUCAACCCCAGCUACUCGCACAACUCCACCGUGCGCUACCUGGACAAUGGGACGGUGUUUGUGGUGCAGUGGGACAAGGUUUAUCUCCAGGGCAAGGAGGACAUGGGCAGCUUCACCUUCCAGGCCGCCCUGCACAGCAGCGGGAGGAUCGUCUUCGGCUACAAGGAGAUCCCGGUGCCCAUCCCGCAGAUCAGUGCCAGCCAGCACCCCGUCAAGGCCGGGCUCUCCGACGCCUUCAUGGUCCUCAACCAUUCUCCCGCCGUGCCUGAGUCCCGGCGCCGGACGAUCUACGAGUACCACCGCGUGGAGCUGGACAGCAGCAGGAUCAGCAGCCUGUCGGCCGUGGAGUUCACCCCGCUGCCCACUUGCCUGCAGCACCAGAGCUGCGAAACCUGCGUGGGCUCGGAGCUGACCUUCAACUGCAGCUGGUGCCACGUCCUGCAGAGGUGCUCCAGCGGCUUCGAUCGGUACCGAGAGGAGUGGCUGAGCUACGGCUGCGGCCAGCCGGACGAGAGCACCUGUGAGGAUCUGGCCGCGGGCGGCCACUACUCAGCGCCCCCGGGCAGCUCCGUGUCCCCGCAGCCCGGCCGUGUCCCCUCUGUGUCCCCACAGCCCGGCCGUGUCCCCUCCGUGUCCCCACAGCCCGGCCGUGUCACCUCCCCCACGGCCUCGCUCUUCCUCGGCAGCCUCACCACGGAAGACGACACCAAACUCAACCGGUUUGCAGGAGGAGAGGGGAGCAGCCUCCCCUGGCGGGGCGCGGGCGCCGCCGUGCCCGUGGGCACCGUGGUGGCCAUCGUGGUGGCCCUGGUGGCCCUGGCCGGGCUCCUCUUGGCCGGGAUCUACAUCAGCGGCCGCCCCACGUCCGGCGCCAUGCUCUUCUUCAUCCAGCGGAGGCCGCCCCGCUGGCCCGCCAUGAAAUUCCGGAGCCGCGGCAGCCGCGCCUCCUACGCCGAGGUGGAGGCGGCCAGCCAGGAAAAGGAGGGAAUUGUGGAGGCCGAGCAGUGCUGAGCACUUCUCCCGAGGAAUCCCAAGGAAUUCACCCCGAGGAAUCCAUCCCGAGGAAUCCAUCCCGAGGAAUCCACCCCGAGGAAUCCAUCACGAGGAAUCCAUCACGAGGAAUCCAUCCCGAGGAAUCCAUCCUGAGGAAUCCAUCCCGAGGAAUCCUGAGGAAUCCAUCCUGAGGAAUCCAUCCUGAGGAAUCCAUCCUGAGGAAUCCUGAGGAAUCCAUCCCGAGGAAUCCACCCCGAGGAAUCCACCCCGAGGAAUCCACCCCGAGGAAUCCAUCCCGAGGAAUCCACCCCGAGGAAUCCACCCCGAGGAAUCCAUCCCGAGGAAUCCAUCCCGAGGAAUCCAUCCCGAGGAAUCCACCCCGAGGAAUCCACCCCGAGGAAUCCAUCCCAAGGAAUCCAUCCCAAGGAAUCCAUCCCGAGGAAUCCAUCCCGAGGAAUCCUGAGGAAUCCAUCCUGAGGAAUCCAUCCCGAGGAAUCCAUCCCGAGGAAUCCUGAGGAAUCCAUCCUGAGGAAUCCAUCCCGAGGAAUCCAUCCCGAGGAAUCCAGAGGAAUUCAUCCUGAGGAAUCCAUCCUGAGGAAUCCAUCCCGAGGAAUCCAUCCCGAGGAAUCCACCCUGAGGAAUCCAUCCUGAGGAAUCCAUCCCGAGGAAUCCAGAGGAAUUCAUCCCGAGGAAUCCAUCCCGAGGAAUCCAUCCCGAGGAAUCCAUCCUGAGGAAUCCAUCCCGAGGAAUCCAGAGGAAUCCAUCCUGAGGAAUCCAUCCUGAGGAAUCCAUCCCGAGGAAUCCAUCCCGAGGAAUCCUGAGGAAUCCAUCCCGAGGAAUCCAUCCCGAGGAAUCCAUCCUGAGGAAUCCAUCCUGAGGAAUCCAUCCCGAGGAAUCCUGAGGAAUUCAUCCUGAGGAAUCCAUCCUGAGGAAUCCAUCCUGAGGAAUCCAUCCCGAGGAAUCCAUCCUGAGGAAUCCAUCCCGAGGAAUCCACCCCGAGGAAUUCAUCCUGAGGAAUCCAUCCUGAGGAAUCCAUCCUGAGGAAUCCAUCCUGAGGAAUCCAUCCUGAGGAAUCCAUCCCGAGGAAUCCAUCCUGAGGAAUUCAUCCCGAGGAAUCCAUCCCAAGGAAUCCAUCCCGAGGAAUCCAUCCCGAGGAAUCCUGAGGAAUCCAUCCUGAGGAAUCCAUCCCGAGGAAUCCAUCCUGAGGAAUCCAUCCCGAGGAAUCCAUCCCGAGGAAUCCAUCCCGAGGAAUCCAUCCCGAGGAAUCCAUCCCGAGGAAUCCCGAGGAAUCCAUCCCGAGGAAUCCAUCCCAAGGAAUCCAUCCUGAGGAAUCCAUCCUGAGGAAUCCAUCCCGAGGAAUCCUGAGGAAUCCAUCCCGAGGAAUCCCGAGGAAUCCAUCCCGAGGAAUCCAUCCCGAGGAAUCCUGAGGAAUCCAUCCUGAGGAAUCCAUCCUGAGGAAUCCAUCCCGAGGAAUCCCGAGGAAUCCACCCCGAGGAAUCCAUCCCGAGGAAUCCACCCCGAGGAAUCCAUCCCAAGGAAUCCAUCCCAAGGAAUCCAUCCCGAGGAAUCCACCCCGAGGAAUCCACCCCGAGGAAUCCAUCCUGAGGAAUCCAUCCUGAGGAAUCCCGAGGAAUCCAUCCCGAGGAAUCCAUCCCGAGGAAUCCCGAGGAAUCCAUCCUGAGGAAACCAUCCUGGCAAAUUCUGAAGAAUCCUGAGGAAUCUAUCCCAAGGAAUCUCAUGGAAUCUGUCCCGCAGAAUCCAUCCCGCGGAAUACAUCCUGACAAAUCCCGAGGAAGUUGAAUUUAAAGAAUAAUAACUGUUAAAUAAUAAUAAUUGUUUAAAAA